AUGAGGGGACUGCUCUGGCUGGAAAAAAGUUCGGCUCGCAUCGCUUACCUCACAGUGCCCAGAACGGUCAAUGUGGAUCAAACCGAUGAAGCGAUUCUCGACUGCCAGUACGACUUCAGUCGGAAGCUUAACGACUUUAUCAUCGUCAAAUGGUUCUUCAACAACGAGCACCUACCCAUAUAUUCGUGGUUACCUAAUAGUCAGACGAGGAUUUUUGAUCCACAUUUUGAGAAUUUCAUCGAUAAAUCUUACCGGUUCUCGGCGGACAGGUACCAAAUCUACCGAGGAAUACGGUUCUCGCAUCUCCAUCCCAACCUCACAGGAUUCUACUACUGUACAGUUUCAACUAAAGAAGGGUAUUUCGAGGAACGAAAGCCGAUGACACUUUAUCGUACACCUCAUUUCGAAAGGUUCGAAGUCCAGGCCAACCCUCAUCACUUCAACCUAUCUUGUGAUGUCGAUGGGAUCAUGCGACCGGGCGAACUUCGGAUAUAUCGAAUCGACGACACGCAUUUCGAGUCUUUGGACACCGACACAACCUUGACACCGCGAAACGAUCGGUUCCAGACCGUUAGAGCGCAAGUGCGCGCGAAUUAUAGUGUUCCCAACUCGAGGAGCGCUCGUUCUUUCCAAUUCCAAUGUACGGUCGUCUAUCCAAACACCGACAUCAACAUCACAAGGAGUCAUCUCAUGACCACGAGAAACUCGAGUAGCAGCAUAUAUGGUCCUCCGGGAUCAUUCGUUACCAGCGUUGGCUACGUUCUCCUUGGACUACUCUGCGUCUUUCGAUAUCGCGAUUGA